AGAAGAUGCCUGACUGGCUGCUUGCUCUAAAUUGUGACUAAAGGGGUGGCCUUGGCCCAGACUAAGUUUAAAAGUCUGGACACGCCCUUGUUCAAUGAGCGCCUUAAAAACCGUCGUUCACAACUGCUUGAAAACUACACAGUACAAAAAUCGUCAAGGGCUCCAAGGACGAACUAGGUGAACAUAAACAUAUUUUGACUUGUACAAAGAGGCAUCCACGAGGACAGCUUUCUCCUCUCUUCCUGUUUUCGACGGCUGUUGUAACUACGACAACCACAGACGCAGACCGACGAAGCUCGCGCGCUCUACAGCUACAGCUGCUUUCAACGUCUGCCGAGUCCACGUUUCCACUUUCCCCCCCGACUGACACAGUUUCCCCAACUAAUCUGCGAGAGGGCGAAUAUAAAUGAUGAAGUAUAAGCCAAACCAGACCAGGACGUACGACGGCGAAGGGUUCAAGAGAAGAGCAGCGUGUUUGUGCUUUAAAAGCGAGAAGGAAGACGAGGUAAGAUGUGUCCGUGGAAAUGUUUGCUGUGUUUCAAAUUAAAAAAAAGGUUGGCAACAGACGGACACUUUAGUAUUGUUCUUACUGAACUUGUGCACUGAAACUUGUUAAAAAAUAAGUGUUUUGCAGAGGUAAGCAUGCAUGGUUUUGUGACUAACCAGCUCUUUUACUUAAAAAUAUCACCGUCCCACAAGCUGGAACCCACCACAACACGAGGCCAUCGAAAACCCAGAGAGAAAAUCCAGUUUUAAAGUGUCCCCUCUGUGUCCUUACUCGUUGCAUUGGGUUGGGACCAUCACUGACGGCCCUUUAACACAUUGGCAUAUAUUAAAACUUGGACAACUCUUUUUGAUAUACAGCCAUUCAAUGCCACCCUUUAUCAUAGAAACAUUGCAGACAUUCACUCAGUUGGAUGAUGUUUGUUUUCUCUCUUACAAUGGCUACAGCUGAUGGGUUUUGUGUAGGGUGAUUCCAUACUAAUACAUGUCAUUGUGAUCACCAAUCCCUGCAACUUUGGCGUCUGCUGCUGCAGUCCUGUUUACUGCUUGCUCUAAACAUUGAUCAGGAUGAUUGCAAUGGGGUUCGGCAGCAUUUGUCUUAAUGUUCAUAUGUACUCUGUACAGCAUAAGGAUUUUUGUCCUGAACUUACUAAAAUGAUCAGCAUAAUAAAACAGUUUCUGUGAUUGUGUCAGAUGUAAAAAUCUCUAGUACAAUAAGUUUGCUGCUGUGUUAGGGCUGUUAGUCUGAUUUAACAUAGAAAAGUUAUUGAUAUGGGACAGUGGCUGCCUUAGAUCACAAAGUGUCUGCCUGGUGACGGCUGCCCUUCUCAGGACCACAUGUGAUAUGAGGAGUGGGGUCAUAGGGGCCUGCAUGGGGGUGUGUUACACUGUGUGCUAGUGACCUAUCGCCUGCAAUUUAUAGCCACAAGGUGCGGGCACUUGCUGUGCCCUGACAGAUUUGCUUUCUUCAUGCUGUCACCCCCUCCUUCACCCAUCACACUCUCUUUUUCUCUGUCCUGAUUCUUUUUCUGCUUCCUCUGCUCUAUCCCAUUUGUCUGAAGAAAUGGUCUUCCCUCAUUCCUUUUGAUUGCGUGUGUUACACUCAAUGUGGUAAACCAUCCAUGUAGUCUGCAUAGAUUUACAGUCACUUCCUGUAUUUCUCAUUUGGAGUCCAGAGACACAGGUGAAAGUCUGCUGACAUCACAGUGGUUGUGCUCAAAAAUUAUUAAACUUGUCUUUUUAUAUCUUUUAUACAGUGGAACAAACACUUAAAUUUCUAUUUAGAUUAAAAUAAAUACUUAAAUAAGUAUAAACUAAUGCCCCCCUGAAAUGAAAAGAUAUUUUUCCAUACCAAAUGAAAGCAUAUUAAAUCUAAAUCAGUUAUUGGUUAGUUCAUGUAAAUUCUGGUCAGAUGUGUAGACAACUCAGUUUAAACUUCCUCUGGCAUUAAUGUAAAAAAAACAGUCAUGUUCUUCAAUAUAUAACAUAACCCGGUGUAUUUCUGAUGUUUUUAAUCGAAUGCAGAUAGAUACAAAAACAACAUUGUGAUAUUGGCUUUGUUAUAUUCACCACUGACCAACCUGUCCAUUAUCCACAUCAGCUGUUGAAAAAAACAGUAUUGGUCUGUCACCAAUGGAAAAAUAUAAAAAUAGUGAUCAACAUAGGUAUAUUUUUAAUUUUUUUGCAUAUCACACUGUCUAUUUAUGAUGUAGAAGAAGCCGAACCACUAGGUAUAAGUUGCACUUAAGUCUUGCAGUUACCAUCUGUAAAGGUGUUAAUUGUCAUAAAGAUGCAGCAGACGUGCGCCCUCAGAACUCUUCUUCCCUCUACACUCUCACAGCGGUGUGUGAUUGUGUACUAAAGCCUGUCGGCCCAUUAACCUCCUCUGCUAAGCUCUUUUGUUGUCAUACAGAAAGGCAACUGCUGAUCUAGGAGUUUAGAGUGCCUGUGCGUUUCGUGCAAUGUUUGUGUGAAAUUGUGCAUGCAUUUGUGUGAGUGCGUUUAUGUGUUUACUUCUACCACUGAGACAGCUUCAGCACUUUUGCUGCCCAAGUAGCCAAUUAAUGACACUUAACAGGCCCACAUCUUUUCUUUAAUCACUACAAAUUUGAGCUCUCAUCACUAUACACAGAAUCCCCCCUGUAGUAUGGCAUACCUUUAUGACAUAUAUUAAUUAAUGGAUUGCAUAUUUCUCCUUUUACAUUCACCACCAUAUGGAGGUUCUUUUCCCUAUGACCUUUAAUGGGGGUAAUAAUGUUUUUUAUAGUCAUCGUGUCAAAGAAGAUAUAACCCAUGUUGAGUUCUGUGGUUUGAGUUUUUUAAACCAAGUUGUCAAAAUAAGAAGGUCAGGAUUGCGCAACUGAAUUCAUCAUAGUUUGUUUGUUUUUUUGUCCUUUGGUGACGUUAUUUGCAAAAUUAUUGUAAACUUCAAGUGAAUAGGGCACUUAAUUUGUCAUUCCUCUAAUUCAGUAUGGCACAGUUGGUUUUGAGAGCAUUGAUCCACAUCGCUCUGCUGGUUUUAGCCUCUUCAGAUUUAGUUCACUGAAUGUGAUGGCCUGUUAUCCAAACGUAAAUAUUGACAGAGUUGCCCAAGCCCAGAACAAGUCCCCAAAAGAGUUUGCUAAUGCAAGGACACAGACAGAGACAGUUUUGUCACACCCACACGCAUCUCAGUAAUAAGUGUUUACUUCAGUGAUCUGGAGCAUGAAAACGGUAAACAAGAGCUCAGGGUAAACUUCAUGAUGUUAUUUUACUGAUUACAAUUUCAUGUUAACAGGUAGACUUAAAGCGAAAUGUUGAAAUGAAGCUCUUUUUGAGUUUAGAUAUUUUUGCUGGGGUUAUUUUACUAAUGACCUGCUUAGAAUCUGCAGUGGGUCACACAUCCUGGAGUUUCACUCAUCGCAGCCAUUUCUGUGCAAGGGAGAGCAGCUUUGACAGCAGUGAAGAUGUUGUCACUGGUGGUUUUACAAACCCGCCAUGCCUCCCCUAUCAGGUCUCAGCAGGAAUGUACACACAUCUUAGGGUUGGGAAACUUCAGAUGGGACAGUUAUGUUUGCGGUUUGCGUUAAAAUAUACAAAUGGAUUGAUCUGCUGUGCUGGUUUUGAACCAAUCUUUGCACAGCCAGCAUUAUUAAGAGGUGACACAGUUGUAAAACUGUUCUGGCUGCACGCUCAGCAGAUUUGAGGAAAUAUUUACUUGUGAAAUUAAAGUGAGUGCCAGAUAGUGUUGAGGGUCAAAUGACCAGAUCCUCAGGGGGGGCACUGUGCUGAAAAAAGACCAAACUGCAUAUGUUUGAGGUCAGUUACACAUAGUGAGUGGCUUUAGACAUUCUUAUUGUUUCACUGGUGGUUUUAUUUUAAUUUAAUAUAAACAACAUUUAACUUUGAGGUUAUCUCCAUUGAAACAUAUAACUGUUUUAGAAGAUCAUAUAUUCAUGCAGGUGUUUUGUGUGUGUGUGUGUGUGUGUGUGUGUGUGUGUGUGUGUGUGUGUGUGUGUGUGUGUGUGUGUGUGUGUGUGUGUGUGUGUGUGUGUGUGUGUGUGUGUGUGUGUGUGUGUGUGUGUGUGUGCUCUUAUUUCAAAUCUGGACAUUUGAAUCAGCCGAAUUGUAACCUGGGUAGAAAAAUACGAGUUGCUGUAUUGCUUCAAAACUACAGAAAUAGUGAAGCUCAAGAUGGUUGUUUGGUUUUCAUGUGUUUGCUGUUGGAUGAAAAUCACAUUUGUACAUAUUUAGAUAAUGAAGUAAAAAGCACAACAUUUUCUGCAGCCUUGUUCACACUGCGCUCAUAUUGCGUGAAGUGACUGAAGUGGUAAGCAUGGCAUGUUAAAUGUUUGAUACAUGUUCUACUGAAUGAGUAGCACUACGUUUAGCUGCCACCAGACACUAAAUUAUGGUAUGGGGGUCUAAUCUUGGACAUGCUGUAAUCAUGUUUUUGACAACCUUCACUCAGCAGCCAGACACCUGAUGAAGGUCUUUCUUUUUGGAAGGUGCUACUGGUGAGCAGCAGCCGGCAUCCUGACCAAUGGAUUGUGCCAGGAGGAGGUAUGGAGCCUGAGGAGGAACCCUGCAAGGCUGCCAUCAGGGAAACUUAUGAAGAGGUAUGUUUAAAGACAUGCACAUGCAGAGUUAUAAACAUCAUUUUCUGUACAUCCAUCGACAAUAUGUGGUCAGUUUCUGCUGAAAUAAGAAGACUUGACACUUGUACAAACUUCGAAUUUGCUUGAAAUGACUCACUUUUUAGUAAGAGUAAAUUUCUUGCCAUGGUGGCAUGGGAGUGCAAGUGAAAUUUAUGCUCCCCAACAUUUGAAAGGGAAUUUCCAAAAAAGUAGUCGUGAGAAUCAGUUGACCAACAACAUAGCACUCACAUGCUCUCUCAUGUGCUUUCAUUGGAGAACAAGUAAACAUGAAUGAUGUGAACAAAGGGAAAUCGGUUAUUUAAUGUAGGUGAACCUUAGAAGUGUAUAAAAUGCCCAUGAAAGUCAAUAUCCUAUCUGGAUUGAAAUGUUUUGUAGACGGCCUGUCAAUUAUUCUGUGGUUUGGUGAAGGGACUGCUGGUAGUUUGCCAGUGUUUUUGGAUUAGAGUGAGCUAUGAGCCUCUGCACUGGAUAGCCAAGUGCUGACAGGUUUAAAGUAUUGCAGUGACAUUUAGAAAGGGUUUCCAUUUACCUGCAUCCUGUGCCUCUCAGUGCCUGAAUAUGGAUGAGCUGCAGAACAACUACUGGGCCAAGCUAAGAGCUCAUAAUGUCAUGGUUGAUCAAGUGCUCACAAGUUCAACAAAUCAAACUCAUGGUUCCACGUGUUUAAAUUUGAUGAAAUAUGUGGGAAAAAUCUGCUUUAAAAUUUGAUAAAUUUUCUUUGAUUAUCUUUCUUUUUCUUACAAGCACCACAGCAGUAAAAGCAAAUGAUUUUAUAAGGUGCUGGAAAGUUUCUACCCAAAUUCAGCUAAGAUAGUGAUAAGUUUCUGUGAUAUGAUAUGAGUCGAUUCUAAACAAUAAAUACACCUAUUGCUCCUUUGAGGAUAUUUGCCUUGGGCUCAAGUGCUGUACAUGCUCAGCCGCCACCAGAAUAGUACCAUAAGUAAUAAAUGUUAAAAACUGACAUGAACCUAUACAAACAGAGAACCAUACCAAAGACACCACAAUAAUGUAUAUUUCACACUGUUUUUACAAUGUUACAUGCAGAAGAGAGGGGCUGCUUGGAAACCCAUAACAUCAGGAUAAAUUAAAAACUUGUGAAAAAUAUUUUGUUUCUGUUAAAGAAGAUCAGAAAUUUUGACUAGUUUUUUUAUUUUUUUUAUCUUUUUAUCAUAAUUUAAGCAUUAUCACUGCAGAAGUACUUGUAAUAAACAUACGGCAAAAGUCUAAAUGUAUCUUAUUACGAAUGAAAAACUAUUUUAUGCCUCGAAGCAAAGCCGCACUUUCAUUUUAGCUGCCAGAUGGAGGUUAGGGUGUAGUGCUCAUGCCUUGAUAUAACUUUGAUGCAGUCGGAGAAGGCUGAAGCACAGGAGAUUAACUGGUGCCAAUAGAGCGUUAAAACGACAAUUCUGCAUGCAGCAAAAACAUGAUACAAGCACAGAUACUGUAUAAAACACUUAGAAGAGCAGAUAGACAGAAUGUAUUCUUUCAGAUAAAAUGGGUGAAGAAAAGCUCAAACAAAGUUUUAUUGUUGGGUUAAAUUUUUUCAUUUAUUAGCAUUUCAAAUCAGUGUUACAUUGUUGUUCAAUGAAAUUGCACUUUGCAUUUUUUCUGUUGCGCAGGCUUAGUUUAAAAUUUACAAAUGGCAUCAGUAUAGUGUGGACAUGGGAGACAGAAUGAUCUCUGUCUGGCUCUCAAUGUGCUCACUCUACCCUCUAACCCAAUUGCAAACAGUGCCCUCAGAAGUCUCUCUGCCUCCUGGCCAUUUUUACUUUUCAACUCAUAUCAACUUGUGGACACACACUUCAGGAUAAACUGCAAUAAUUCGAUCCUUUGAGUGUAUCAGAGAAAAAAAAAAAAUCCAAUAAUUUAAAUUCAAGGCCUCAAAAUGUCCCUUAAAACCUUAAAAAUAAAAUGUCUAAAAUACAAUUUUGAAAGGUCUUAAAAAUGUAUCAAUGUUACUUACAAAUAAAUAACGUGCCAUAUGUAUAAAGAUUGAUUAGAAGUAAUGUAAAAUGUUCCGAUUUCCCUUCAUGUCUUUGUACUUUUUUGCCAGUAUGGAUGUAAAACGAGUCUUAAAUUGUAUUUGUGGACUUAAAAAGUCUUAAAUUUGACUUGUUGAAACCUGCAGGCACCCUGGAUCUUAGAGUCAAACAUGUUCUUUUUAAUAAUUUUAUCAUUUCAUCACUCCACUCUCUCAUUGUUACCGCAUCAUUUUAAAACUGUCUGUGGGGUCCAAUCUUCAUGUCGGUAAUUACUGAUCUAGUACAUAUGCGAAUUAAGGAUGUGUAUGUAGCUAAAUCCGGCGUCGAAAGUCACAAACUGUGCACAAGCAGAAAUGGAUCUAGAUCUGUGUAGCAUAUAUGUUGAGCUCCUCUGUCUUGUCAUCCUGUCACUCAGACUAUGUUUAGUCCCCCCUAUGUUGUCUCAUAGGAACAUGUUGACACUAAACGUGUACCACGUCACAGUCUUCAGUUCUGGCUCAAAAGUUCAACCUAAAACUUGAAUACUCAUUAAAACAGAUGUGCCUCUCCUUAUACCAGCUCAUACAUGUUCUUGCUUUAUGAUAAUAUUGCACAGAUAACUGUCAGAUUCAGAUGGAUGAUUCAUUGUGAAGGUUAAGUCCUAAGUGUGUCAUGACUGUGUUAUACUGUGACCUUUCACAAAUUAAUCUAUUGAAUGUCUCUUGAUUAGUUUUCUGUAUUUGCAGGCUGGUGUCAAAGGAAAGCUUGGUCGACUACUCGGGAUCUUUGAGGUAAGCUUUCAUAACUGUCAGGGAAAGUUGUAAUAAAUUCUCACUUGGCAUAUAAUACAUUAUACAAACCUGUUUAAAGCCCUGUAUCGACUUAACUGGUAACCCAACUAACAUGCCAAAGAUGUCUGUGUAGGCAGCUUCAUGCCUGUGUGUCUGAGUCAGCCAGUGUAUCCGUCUGAUUUAUUUAUGUGGGCUCUAUAAAUAGCUUAAUGUUUUCACAGUAUAUGAAAUAUUUGCAUGCAUUGUACUGACACGUGAUUUGUACCUUAAUCAAGGAGUGUCUUUUCUUUGCAGCACAAUCAAGACAGAAAACACAGGACAUACGUUUACACCCUUGUAGUAACAGAGACUCUUGAAGACUGGGAGGACUCUGUCAACAUUGGUAAGUCUCUAUGUUUACUAAACUUUGGGGACCAACUCACCUUUUCGAUCAGUAGUUUCCUUUUCAAUAAAACUUUUUUCUGAUCCCUUAUUUGUGGGUGACUAUGGGCAAAUUCAAAGAAUGGGAUUGAACAGAUCUUCAAGUUUCUUUCCAAAACAAAAUACUGUUUUGCAUUCAAUUAAUCAAUCUUUAUUGGUAAAGUGGCAAGUGUUAUCCUAAGAUCCGUAGCAGAAAAUAAAUAGGUAAAUAAAUGCUGGUCUAGACCAGACUAUAUUUGCGAAGACCAAAUAUAAAAACAGGAUUAGAUUGAGCCCCAUCUGCCAAGAUCAGACUCACUCCCAUCCCACCUUCAAUCACAUGAAUGCAACACUUUGCAGCAUUUAGCAAGUUACAUUGGAGAGGACAAAGUUCCUUUAACAGGCAGAAAAAUCGAGCAGAACCAGACUCAUGUAAGACAGUCAUCUGCCACUACUGCAUUGGGUUUAGAGAGGGAUACAGAGGGAGAUGCAAAGAGAGAGAGAGAUGGACAAAGGUGAGACUGAUACAACAGGUGAACUAUACAUUUAUAGUUGAAGCAGCUGGAAAGCAAGAAAGGUCCACAGCAGCAAAACAUCUGCAGCAGCAAUGUAGUGGAACCGUCGGCAUGAUGGCGCUCAGGGAUAGCCUGGCCGGGCCAUCCUGUUGCGUGAAUCACUUGAUGUUCUUUCCCACAACAGUCUGGACUUCGGCCCAUAGAGAGUGUGUAUUCCCGAUCAGAAAAUAACCGGGCCAAUCAGAGACCGUGUUUCCACUGUUACCCGGACAACAGGGAAAUGCAGCCCCUGAUUGGUCCAUGUGUAGUGGUGACGUCUAACACAUGCUGCGGGACUUUUCAAAGCCCCGUUCAUUCAGAACGCCAUUAAUUCUGCAGUUGACUCUGCAAAGUCGGCAGAAAUCGUUUAUAUACUUCAAGAUACUGACUGGUUGCACCAAAUGAGACAUUUUAAUGAGUCACCCUAGAGUCUCGUGAUCAACUUUUUAAUGUAUUUUAUAGAUCAUGCAUAAUUAAUAAUGACAGUGAAUGUGGGAAUACAUCUACUUAUGGGAAUGAGUAGAGGUACAUGAAUUAUUUUCAGUUAGUCAGGAAAAGAAAGUUGUAUUUACCCAAUCCAUGUAAGUAUAAAAAUAGAGUUCCUCCUGUUCAUGAGGGGAAGAAUAUUUGCUGUGCCCAACUGUUUUCUAGCCAUCAUCACUUCCCCUCCCCACCUCGUCCUCCUUUGCCCCGUGACUGAGCGGGAAGAGCUGGCCACCCCUGCUGUUACUCUCCCCCUUCUGCUGAAAGGCCCAUGGUGGUGUGCUUCAGGGUGUAAACAUAAAAUCUCACACCCUCUCGGGUGAAGGAAUUCGGUUUUCAAUCAUAAACAACUCCCAGCUGACGGUUUACUGGUUAGAUCAUUUCUAUUUCUGCAGAAGGUUUGGUAACACAAGGGAUUCACAACCAUAGACUGGGGUCGGUCAUAAAUGUCACUUUCCACUUCAACUUAAGAGCUGCAAUCUUCACAGAAGCAUUUCUAGCAUAUUAAAAUUUAUAUAAGAUAUAUUUUUGUCAAGUUAUAUUUCCACUGCCUUGAGCAUGGGCUAAUGCUGUUUGGGCUUUUAAGAUAAAUGUCAAGCGCUAAUUUUAUCAUUGAUGUGUAUCAGUAUUAUCACAAGACAAAUCUUUCACUACCAGAGCACAACAACCCCCCUCCCAUACAAAAAACAAGUUCUAGGUGAAGCUGAAUAUGCAAUGAGUUGAAGUGAGAGACAGAGAAGAAUGACCCCACAAACAUAGAAGACCAAAAUGAGAACAACAAAGGGGGUCAAAACAUUUGUGUGGAUCUGCAUCUUACAGAGAUUUUCUCUGUUUGGUUUAAAGAAACAUCAAACAGCAAAAACUAUGAGGCAACGAUAUCUCUCCUGACGCAUCUUUCAGAUAUUCAGCAACAUCCUGUCUAAUGUUUAAAUUUCUGCAGAAACCUUGAAAACCACAAGAUCACUUGGCCUACAUAUUUCAUAAAUAUCGCUGAAAAGUGAAUACUGAAUGGUGGUGAACUCAAAGAGCUUUUGCAUUACAUCUUUUCACCUGUUCACACCAUAUUUACACACUGAUGGCAAGGGGGCUGCUAUGGAAAGCACUCAUCAGUAUUAACUCCUCUCAUUCUCAGGUUGGGGUCAAGUGUCUCGCCCAGUUGAACUGACCUUUUUAUUGAUUGUUUUACAGGUCGGAAGAGACAGUGGUUCAAAGUGGACGAAGCCAUUAGGGUGCUGCAGAGCCACAAGCCUGACCACGCUGAGUACCUACGCACACUCUCAAACACCUGCAAUCCCAACUGCAGUCCUCUGUUUGUCCCGACUAAUGGUAACACCCCCAGCUCCCAUAUGACAGACAACAACACACCUCUGUACGUGGUUUGCUCUCCACAGAGCUCAGAUCUGGUCAACAGAUAGGACCAUCACCAGCAGAGGACAUGGACAAUAAAAGACUUUUGCAUUACUGACGCAGCCUCUUAACAUAGACAGUGUGGACCUCCUUGAAGUUGACUUGUAACAGGUUUUUGUGUUGACUUAAAGAGUGCUGAAAUGUUUUCUGGAUUUAUUUGAAUUCUUUCAAACAAAUAUCACCGGCUGGGCAGUAAAUUGUGAACCAGUUUUAAACAUAAAAAGGAUUUUCUCAGUGUGCUGCUCAUGCAAUGCGGAGACCCUUUUGUUCAAAUAUCAGAGCACCAUGUGUUUGGGUGGUUUACUGGACGCCAGGGCUGGGAAGAGUUUGCCUCAGGAGGAAGUUAUUUCCUAAUUAUGAGUCAGUGCCAAAUAAUGCCUGUGUGUGCCAAUUUUAAAAGGAGUAGCAGCGUUUGUAUAUUGUAGCAACACUUUUUGGGAGUAAAUCUAAUGUCACCUCACAGGUUUUGCCAAACAAGAUCUGACGACAAAGUCUACUUUGAUGCAUUAUAAGCUAACAACAUUUCUCCACCUGUAAUAAACGCCUUUAAAGUACAUAGAGUCAUUGCUCAUCAGAAGUGAAAGUGCAACACAACCAAGACAAGCAAAUAACAGCAAAUCAGCCAACAUAAUAAAAUGAAGACUUACUUUCUCCUUUGUCAAACAUCCUUUUAUUUGUGUGUAUGAAUAUAUUAUGAACAAAAUGACAAGUUAAGAUGUGAAGCAGUUUUAGUACUGGUAAAAAAAUCUGCCUUUGUGCCAGAGAUAGGCACCACAUGACACUGCAAAUAUGCAAACUGUAUCAUUCAAGGAAUAUUGAUUAAUCUUCUGGAAAGUAGUCAAGUGGAUUUGAACAAUGAAGACUUGCCAGUAACGAUAAGAGAACAAUAAUACGGCCUUUGUUUGGAAGACAGAUACUACGUGCCUAAGUCUGAUUUCUUUAAGUGCCUUACAAACACAGUGCUCAAAUGUGUGGUCUAUUUUGUAUGUAUCAUUUUUGAUACAUGUGAAUGUCUCCAAAGGUUCUCUAAUCCGUUUACACAUACUAUGAAAUAAGACCCUUUUAUUUCUCUGCUGUGGUGAAAUAAGUCAACAGGGUUUUGACAGAAACUUAAAAAUGUCAGAAAUGAAUGUACAGUAUUUAUUAUGCAUUAUCUGAAUUUAUUUAUUAGUGUUACUAUGGGGAAAUAGUCCUAAACAUUAUGUGCAGGAAACCAUGACAGGAAGUUAUGGUCAGUGUGUCAUGGAGGCCCGAGUUUAUUUUCAACAAUGAGGAAAGGAAGCCAAAUUCAGGGAUCAGAUCGAUCAGGAGAUCGUUGUGGCUUUAGUAAACUCUUGUGUUAAGAGCAUGUGAAUGAUCAAUGGUUAAUCCAUUAUUUUCUAUUGAUGCGAGUGUGACUGGAAUAUUCUGCUGCUCACAUCAUGCUGUAAAUUAAACAUUGCAAUAAAAAAAUAAACCACAA